AUGUCUUGCUGCAUGCAGAUGAAAUCAACCGCUUUCGAGGCUGAUUGUCAUUGUCAAAAAGCUCAUGCAACGUCACCUCAGUUCAAACGACCUUGUGCGGCUUAUCCCGUCUUCGACUACAUGUCCAACGUAGCCCUCGUCUAUACGGCAAAGUGUGCUUAG